AGUUUGAUUUGACUGCCAUGAUCACCUAAAGAGAUGAACUACUGAAACUUGUCAGAUUUUCCAUCAGGCAUUUUAUAGCACCAUUGAUUGGAGGUGUCAGGAGCUGCGUGUGGGAUACACUGCUGCCUGGCUAGAGCACAGCUGGUGCAUGAGAAAGAAGUGCCCCAACUGUACAGUGACAGAUUUUGCAAAUCCUUCAGGAGUCGCUAAUAAAUCAUUGUGGAUUGAGAGGAAUGCAGCUGAUCUCUGAAUUAGCUUCUAUUGGAAAGGAUCCAUGAGUUGCAUCCCACAAUCUCGAUGACAUCACAGCAGCUCUUGGUCCUUGAGAGCCCUGAUGUUGAUCAGCUGAAGGAAUUGGCUGCCGCUGCCAAUCAUAAUACUGCUAGAUGCCGCUCUACUUCUGCCCAUAAGAGAGAAAGGCAAAGACACAGGCAGCAGCAGCAGUGGGGAGAAAUGACUUUAGCUUUACACAAAGCCAAGCGAGGGAAGAAGCAGAAAGCAGCUGGUGCUGGUGAGAUUAAAUAGUUCUCACUGCAUUUAUACCGGUCUCUCAGUGCUCCCUGGUGUCAUUCUGGUGUCCACGAUAGAAAGUGCAUUAUAACGUUGCACUAAAGAGAUGUGUGAAUCAUUCCAGCUGGCUGAAUGUUUAAGGAAUUCUGGCUGAGAGUGUGUGUGAGAGAACGUAACAGAAAGGGCUUGGCUGUGAGAGAGUUCGGCAGCUUUGCCUCUUUGCCUGCUGAAGCUGAGAACUGACAGGUAGCACUAAUUCUCCUAAACCCAGGACGACUGAGCUCUGCUUCGGAGAAUCUACCCAGCAUCAAGUCAAGCAGAGCCAUCCAGGUAAUGUCAUACUAUUUCAGUGACCACAGAAAUCCUUUGGAUGGGAGAGGAGUCUAUUUCACAUAUCAGAACACACCUGCAUAUCUGACUGAAUUUGCCUUGUAAGUUUUACCAUACAUGCAGUGCAAUGGUCACAUAGGCUUCUGCGAGGAGUGCGAGGCCACUUCUGUGCUCUAUACACCAAGCCUCAUUAUGUAAAAAUAGAGAUUUACAACACACGUGCUAAAAAAAUGAAUCUUUUUAUAAAGCUAAGAAGAAGUUUCAGAACACUUGUAUUACUCUUAGUCACGUUCUGCCUGGCAAGUAUUGUCAUUUCAGCCUAUUAUUUGUUCUCUGGUCACAAGCAGGCAAUCAUCCUUGUUGAGACAACUGCACAAACCGAAUGUGGAGAUGAAAAUGUAUUACCUUACAGAACAAUUGAGAUCAAAGCGGCUAAACCUAUUGAUUCUUCAAAGAAAGAUCUUACCAUCUUACUUUUUGUAGAGAGCCAGUAUUCUCAGCUUGGACAGGACAUUGUAGCAAUUCUGGAGUCCAGCAGGUUUCCAUAUCAUAUAUUGAUUGCACCAGGAAAGGGAGAUAUACCUCCUCUUACAAAGGAUGGUAAAGGAAAAUAUGCAAUUAUUAUAUAUGAAAAUGUCUUAAAGUAUGCAUCCAUGGACUCCUGGAACCGAGAGCUUUUGGAAAAAUACUGCAUUGAGUACAGUGUCAGCAUUAUUGGGUUUCAUAAGGCUAAUGAGAACAGCUUGCUGGUUACUGAACUGAAAGGAUUUCCUUUAAUUCUUUACAAUAAUGUUGCUCUUAAGGACUGUUUUGUAAAUCCAAAUUCUCCUCUACUUCACAUAACAAAAGCUUCAGUAAUUGAAAAAGGACCACUCUCUGGUGAAGACUGGACAGUCUUUCAGUACAACCACUCCACGUAUCAACCUGUUAUUUUAUCUGAAUUACAGUUACAGGGAACAAAUUCCCAAUUUCUAUCUGGAUCUUCCCACUAUGCCACAGUAAUUCAGGAUCUAGGCCUUCAUGAUGGAAUUCAGAGAGUUCUCUUUGGCAACAACUUGAAUUUUUGGCUGCACAAGUUAAUUUUUAUUGAUGCUAUCUCUUUUUUGUCUGGGAAAAAGCUCAGCCUGUCUUUAGACAGAUACAUUCUUGUUGACAUAGAUGACAUAUUUGUGGGUAAAGAGGGCACUCGGAUGAAUAUAAAUGAUGUAAAGGCCUUGUUAGAGACACAAAAUUUGUUGCGAACUCAGGUUUCAAAUUUCACCUUCAACCUUGGAUUUUCAGGGAAAUUUUAUCAUACCGGGACCAUAGAAGAGGAUGAAGGAGAUGACCUUUUAUUGCAAUCAGUAAAUGAAUUCUGGUGGUUUCCUCAUAUGUGGAGUCAUAUGCAGCCUCAUCUCUUUCAUAAUGAGUCCUCACUGGUGGAACAAAUGAUCCUAAAUAAGGAGUUUGCACAGGAGCAUGGUAUUCCAACAAACAUGGGUUAUGCUGUCGCUCCACAUCACUCAGGUGUCUACCCUGUACACAUGCAGCUCUAUGAAGCUUGGAAAAAAGUUUGGGACAUCCAGGUCACAAGCACAGAAGAGUAUCCUCACUUGAAGCCUGCACGUUACAGACAGGGCUUUAUACACAAUGGUAUCAUGGUCUUGCCUAGACAAACUUGUGGUUUGUUUACACACACAAUUUUUUACAAAGAAUAUCCUGGUGGCCCCAGCGAACUAAACAAAAGCAUCAGAGGAGGAGAACUUUUUCUGACAGUACUUCUAAACCCUAUCAGCAUCUUCAUGACACAUUUGUCUAAUUAUGGGAAUGACCGUCUUGGCUUGUACACUUUUGUUAACCUUGUCAAUUUUGUACAAACUUGGACCAAUCUGAAACUGCAGACUCUCCCUCCGAUACAGCUGGCUCAUAAAUAUUUUGACCUUUUCCAAGAACAAAGGGAUCCAUUAUGGCAGAACCCAUGUGAUGACAGAAGACAUAGAGACAUUUGGUCUCGAGAUAAAACAUGUGAGCGUCUACCAAAAUUUCUUGUAAUUGGACCUCAAAAGACAGGCACAACAGCACUUUAUCUCUUUCUACUAAUGCAUCCUAAUAUUAUAAGCAAUUUUGCUAAUCCAAAGACAUUUGAGGAAGUGCAGUUCUUCAGUGGAAACAACUAUCACAAGGGAAUCGACUGGUACAUGGAUUCUUUUCCUUAUCCAUCAAACACAACAUCAGACUUCCUGUUUGAGAAGAGUGCAAAUUAUUUCCAUUCAGAGGAAGUUCCCAAGAGGGCUGCAGCACUGCUUCCAAAAGCUAAACUUAUCACCAUUCUGAUUGAUCCAUCUGAUCGGGCAUAUUCCUGGUACCAGCAUCAGAGAUCUCACAAAGAUCCAGCUGCAUUAAAAUUUAGCUUCUAUGAAGUGAUUAGUGCUGAUCAGAAUGCACCCUUAGAGCUCCAAAUGCUGCAAAGAAGAUGUCUUGUGCCUGGCUGGUAUGCGUCUCACAUAGAGAGAUGGCUAGCCUAUUUUCCUCCUUCACAGCUGCUUAUUAUUGAUGGACAACAUCUGAGAAGUGAGCCUGCUACUGUAAUGGAUGAAGUCCAAAAGUUCUUAGGUGUUUUUCCUCAUUAUAAUUAUUCAGAUGCCUUAACAUUUGAUCCACAAAAAGGCUUCUGGUGUCAGCUGUUAGAAGAAGGGAAAACAAAAUGUCUUGGGAAAAAUAAAGGCCGCAAAUAUCCGACUAUGGAUUUAGAGGCAAGAGCUUUUCUUUCAACUUACUACCAAGACCACAAUAUUGAAUUGUCUAAGGUUCUGCACAGAUUAGGACAACCAUUACCUUCAUGGCUGAGACAAGAACUACAGAAAGUGAGAUAGCACUGGAAACACAGACUCAUAUAAUUUUUCAAAUCUACAGUCUCUAGAGUUAAAAAUGCAAAAACAAAUCCUUCUUCGGACACCUUCAAUUAUCUCUAAUGACCCUCCGUGUAACUCACAAGUCAAGAAAGUCUAUAUAUGCACGUGAUGGCAAAUAUUAGCCUCCUUAUGUCAGAUCUCAGCAUCACAGUUGACAUAUGUUAAUUUACACAAGGAUGUAUUCUCAAUGUAUCUUUGGGACACCAGCUUCAUGCAUUUCCUUUAAUAACAGAGAGUUACACUAUUUUUAUUGGAAAUCUUCAUUUACUCCAACUUAAACGACUGUCUGAUAGAUUCAAAGCAAUGAAAACUGGAAAUGUGGGCAGAAAAUGUCAAGAUCUGCUUAAUGAAGAUGUCAACCUGUGGGCUUAAGUAACAUUUGAACUUCUUCACAAGAGGAUUUCUUUACAGAAACAAAGAAAUGAGCUCUCCGUCCAUAUCACAAUCAAUUCUGUUCUGGAUAUAUAUCUGUUCUUGUCUCAUUUAUGUUUAAUAUGAAAGAGAUCAGAAUUGCAAAAAUCUUGGACUAAAUUAUAUUUAUUUUAAAGUAUAUCACAAGGCUAUCUAAUAUAUAAGUAACAGAUAAACUAUUUUUAUUUGAAGUAAAAUUUCUUUUUUCCUUA